UGGGAGCGCAGAAGGAGGACCGUCACUGUAGGAGCAGAGCCGCCGCGACGCACAAGCGACGCCUCCAAACACCUCUCCACCUCUCUCUCUCUGUGUGUUCAUCCUUUUUUUUCACGUCCGUUUUUUGUUUGAAUCGGAGUUUGCAGACAUCUCGUUGUGUCUCGUUGUGUCUCCUCAUCCUGACCGCCCUCUGCCUUUCUUGGAAAUAUCCGCGGAGUUGUUCGCGCUCCCCGGGCGCAGGCUUGCAUCGUGGCUCUUCCAGAAGUGGCAUGUUCGAGGGAUACUGCGGGCACUAUUGAACUCCUGCUUUCACCCAAAGAGGAUUCAAUGAAAAUGUCCGUGUGUGUCCAUGAGAACCGGAAAUCCCGAGCCAGCACCGGCUCGAUGAACAUCUACCUGUUCCACAAGUCGUCCUACGCGGACAGUGUCCUCAUGCACCUGAACUCGCUGCGGCAGCAAAGGCUCUUCACAGAUGUCCUGCUUCACGCCGGCAGUCGCUCCUUCCCCUGCCAUCGCGCCGUGCUGGCCGCCUGCAGCCGGUACUUCGAGGCCAUGUUCAGCGGAGGGCUGAGGGAGAGCCAGGCGAGCGAGGUCGACUUCCGAGACUCCAUCCACCCGGAGGUUCUAGAGCUCCUGCUGGAUUACGCCUACUCGUCGCGUGUGGUCAUCAAUGAAGAGAACGCAGAGUCGCUACUGGAGGCCGGGGACAUGCUAGAGUUCCAAGACAUCCGGGAUGCCUGUGCCGAGUUCCUGGAGAGAAACCUUCAUCCGUCUAACUGCCUCGGCAUGCUGUUGCUGUCCGAUGCCCACCAGUGCACCAAGCUGUCGGAGCUCUCCUGGGGCAUGUGCCUCAGCAACUUUCCCGCUAUUUGCAAGACAGAGGACUUUCUCCAACUGCCCAAAGACAUGGUGGUGCAGCUUUUGUCACAUGAGGAGCUCGAGACGGAAGACGAGAGACUCGUUUAUGAAGCGGCCCUCAACUGGAUCAACUACGACCUGGAAAAGAGGCACUGCCACCUCCCAGAACUCCUGAGGACAGUUCGCCUGGCUCUCCUGCCGGCCAUCUUUCUCAUGGAGAACGUCUCCACAGAAGAGCUGAUCAACGCUCAGGCAAAGAGCAAGGAGCUAGUGGAUGAAGCCAUCCGGUGUAAGCUGAAGAUCCUGCAGAAUGACGGCGUUGUUAAUAGCCCGUGUGCCAGGCCGAGAAAGACAAGCCAUGCCCUUUUUCUUCUGGGGGGGCAGACCUUCAUGUGCGACAAGCUGUACCUUGUGGACCAGAAAGCCAAAGAGAUAAUCCCAAAGGCCGACAUUCCCAGCCCAAGAAAAGAGUUCAGCGCAUGCGCCAUCGGCUGCAAGGUGUACAUAACUGGCGGGAGAGGCUCGGAAAAUGGCGUGUCCAAAGAUGUGUGGGUCUACGACACGGUUCAAGAGGAAUGGUCCAAGGCAGCCCCCAUGCUUAUCGCGAGGUUUGGCCAUGGUUCCGCAGAGCUGAAACACUGCCUCUACGUGGUAGGAGGUCAUACCGCUGCGACCGGCUGCCUCCCGGCAUCUCCGUCCGUGUCCCUCAAACAGGUCGAGCAGUUCGACCCGGUUGCAAACAAGUGGACAAUGGUGGCGCCUUUGAGAGAGGGCGUGAGCAACGCGGCAGUGGUCAGCGUCAAGCUCAAGCUCUUUGCCUUCGGCGGAACCAGCGUCACCCACGACAAGCUGCCCAAGGUGCAGUGCUACGAUCCCCAGGAGAACCGGUGGACCGUCCCCGCUUCCUGCCCGCAGCCUUGGCGCUACACCGCCGCCGCCGUGCUCGGAAACCAGAUCUUCGUCAUGGGCGGGGAUACCGAAUUCUCGGCGUGCUCGGCCUAUAAGUUCAGCAGCGAUACCUACCAGUGGACUAAAGUUGGCGACGUGACGGCCAAGCGUAUGAGCUGCCAGGCCGUCGCGUCCGGGAACAAACUGUAUGUGGUGGGCGGAUACUUCGGCACGCAGCGGUGUAAAACUCUGGACUGCUACGACCCAACGCUGGAUGCUUGGAACAGCAUCACGACUGUGCCCUACUCGCUCAUUCCCACCGCUUUUGUCAGCACUUGGAAACAUCUGCCUGCUUGAGCCCCAAAAAAACCUCUCUACAACCUUUUUCAUGAGAUUUCCCUGUUUUGCAUCAUCUACUGGACACCGACUGUGAAGAAAGCACACGUCAUCCUUCUCUCCGGAAAAGAGACACACACCGAGCAGUGAUGUACAGACACCCGCAUUCAUCUCAACGCUGCAAAAAAAAAGAUGCAGACGGAGACGCGCGUAACAGCCGGACACUUUACUGGAAUGAUGUCACGUCUGGUUCCCUCCCCCCCCCCCCCCCCCACUGAGAAGGAGGACGUACAGUACGGCCGCUCACGUAAACAAACAAACAAACCAAACAAACUGCUGCUUGUUUAUUUGAGGCACAGAGACUGCGACUGUGUGGCACAUCAGGCUUUUCAUGCUGCCAUAUGAGGACUGCAAACACAUCACAUUCCCCCCAUUUAGUCAUCACAGGCUUGUGAGGAUAAUGUUGUUUUUUUUUUCUCUAAAUAAGAAGAAAAAAUGCUCUUUUUCAUGGAGACUGCAAAUGUAAAGCAUGAUGGAUGUUCUAUUUAGAUCAAUGGGAGGAGAAGGCAAUGAUUGGUGUGCUUCAGAAGAGAAAGCGCCUUAGUUUGACUGAGUGCAGCUGAUUUAUAAAAAGGCACAAUGAAGGAGCUAAUCUCCCCCCUUCUUUCCUCCUCUAAUAAGCUCUUUUAUUUGACCCUUUUGUAUCUUAUUUUCCUUCAUGUUUCUAACUGCUUAACAAACCUUUUGAGUGUUCCUCUCAUGAAGGCUCUGGCAGUUUGCUGUCGCUGCAAACCACGAGGUGUUGAUGACCAACACCAGCUGAGGUUGAGGAGGACGGCAGGGGUCGAGGUGCCUCGGGGGGGUUACGACCUUACAUGUUUGCUGUUUUGCAGCUACGCAUUAACGCCCGCUGAGCGCCCGGUUAACUAACCCCACUUUGCACACACAUGGGCGGUAUUAAGUGUCCGGAUUCAACGCUGUCGCAUUCAGCUGUAUGCUUAUUUGCUGUAAUAGACCGGCUGUGCUUCUGUUAUUCCGAGAAAAGCUGCGUCUCGCUUGCUGAGUCACAGCUGAAUGGUUUUUAGAGCAUGUCCACUCAUAGUGAUUCAGUGAAACUGGCAUGAACUCUUCUCUGUGCUCGCAGAAAUACUGUCACCUUAACCCCCCGAACUGAGAAUGAAUCAGUUUCUUUUGCUGCAAUGUAGACUUAAUUUAUAUGACAGUAAUAACUCUUGUUAUGUUAAAAUGUUUAAUCCUAUUUAUUUCUUCUCUGCCUGCAUUCUUACGUGAAUGUAUGUCUGGGUUAUGUCAUGCAUGGCCAGGUGUUGUGUGUUUUUUUGUUGUUUUUUUAAAUCUCAGUUGGGCUGCAUUUUGCACAGUUCAGUCUUUCCUAAGAGGAGCUUGUUCUUUUAAAAAAAAUAAAUCCUCUCAAAGGAUUUUCAUUCAUGUCUGAGUGUGGAUGGAAGAGGAAGACUGGCUCGGGUUACUGAUGUGUGAAGAAGUUUAGUCCACAAAUUAGAAGUCCAACACUUAAACUACCAGAAAUAUAAAACUACUGGAACGCCCAAAUCAGUCAUUUUGACUUUUUUUUAAUUGAAUAAUUAAAUCUUUAAUGCUAGGAUAGGUAAUGCCAUAGCCUCUGAAAGGGUAAUAAAAACAUUACAAAGCAACAUUUAUAUCAAUAAACUUCAAGAAACAAGCUGACUUAGAAAGAAUAUGCAUGUUAUAAGAAACAGGUUCAAAUGAAAAUCAGGCAAGUGUUUUCCUUUAAGCAGGCUAAUUUGUAGCAAGGCAGCAUUUAGAGCACAACACUUCCCGGGCAUGUUUAAACUUAAUGCAAACAGCUUAGCAGAUAGAGCAGAUAGAAACGUCUGAAAAUCUAGGAAUAAUCUAUAGGUAGCCUUGCAAUAUUUUAAAAGAACUAACUGGUAAAAAACCCAAACCUUUUUAAAAACGCAGUAAAAGAAGAAUGCAGUUACUCAUCUCUAAGUAGGCUAACUUGAACAAGGCUGCAAUUUUAGCAUCUUCCUGCUCAGUUUUAACCCAGGCGAGAGUUAGCCUUGCAGUAUUUUUUAAAAACAACUGGAAACAACAGCUUGUUGCUAGUUAAAGGAAUAGUUCCACCUAUCUUCAGUAGCAGGAGCAAGAAGAAAACAUGAAAAAGAUUAUGGAAAAACUACGAUUAAGACAGUUAAGGCUAUUUGAAGCAGAAGUUUUUUGUAACUUAGAAUGAAACAUAAACACAAAAAAGAGUCAAAUUGACUGCUUUGGUCGUUCCCAGACUUCCUGUAUGGGCCUCAACAAAGCAUGAAGAUAUGAACCAUAAACAGACACGGCUGCUGGAAUGACGCAGCGUGUGAUCCAGUAUUUAUCAGAGAUGUUACAGAGCGACCCUGACACGGUGAAGAAUGCGACAAGUCUCUGCAGCUGUCGUCAAAGACAGCUGGAGGGACGGUCUCAACGUGCUAACCUUGGCUUCUUGAGAGAGCGUUAACCCACAGUCUUCCUCACCGUUAGACCGAGAACGAGUCGAAUCCAGUAAGCUGUGCAUUGAUAAGGGCAGACACCGCAGUGCUUUUCACCAUUGUGUCAAUAAUGCACAUACGUAGAAGAAAAAAAAAGGAAAAAAAAUGGCAAGUUCCUAAAGACCAAAAAGAGAGAAUGUCUUAAAACAAACUUGCAUAUUUGUUCACUCUAAUCAGUGUUUUGUCUGUUUGUCCGUCUACGUGACCUGAACAUUGACGCUUUGCAUUUGAAUAUUAAUGGAAUCAUUGAAUUUCAAUGUAAGAGGUAAUGUUUUUGGUGGAUUAUAUGUAUAUCUUUUUUCAAAAUGUCUUUCCUCGUGGAGUCAUGAAACCAAUCAAAUCUGUGAGAAUAAUAAAAAAAAAAAAAAAGAAGCUCAGUAAAUUCCUGCUCAGCUCCUUAAGCCACCACCCAAGAGCUCUUCCUUUUAUUGGCCUUUUCCACGGCUUCUAUAGGGACCCUUGUGGCUCCGUAAUGUUGACCUCCUCCGACCACUGAACACAGAGCCUCUGGCCCCCGACCAAUCAGAUAAGAGCGUCUCCUUCCCAUAGAGCCCUAGUUUCCCCAGCAACAGCCAGUAAUGAAUGCCCCCCUUCAAUUUGCACCUAAUUGCUGAGUGGCAUUUCCCUAUAUCUGCUCUAGCCCUCCUCUUAUUAUCCUGUGUUUUAUCUGGAAAUCCAGCUGGCUCACAUUGGAGCGCAAUGCCUCAUGUAAUAAAAUGAUGUAAAUUAGACAGAAAAAAAGACACUGUCAGCGUGCAUCAGUCUCAUUUCUUUUGUCAUGUAAGAGUUUAAUUUCUAUUUUUAUGGCAUUAUUUUGUACAUGUGAUUUUUUUCACAAUGUGAAAUUCAUGGCUAAUAAACAUAAGAGUUUUUUCCUCUUGACUGUAA